AUGAUGACAACAGAUACUAGCGGAUGUCUCUCAUUUGUAUCGGGAAGUACGGCCGAAGGUCAAACUUAUGCACGUCAUUUAGCCGAUCAGAAUAUUCAAGAUAUUGACAUUCUCAUUCAUUGUGGUAUUGUCCAAUAUGAACGAAAUCUCAUUCAAACAGGUGUUCCUGGGUUUGUUCGAGUCAAAUUCGAUGAUGGAAUCAAAUCUACAGGAAGUAUUGAAUUUAAACGUCGAGAAGAUGCGAAUGGUAUUCUGUGUAUCAAUGGUUUUCAAUUAAAAAGCGAACAUUGUACAAGCGAAAGCCAAUUUGGUGCUCCUCUAUCCAAUGUGAAGCGAACAGGUAGAACAUCGCCUGAUGCAUCGUCUGCGGCUGCCCAACAAACUCUUACAUAUGAAGAGAUUGACAUCAGCAAACAAUUCUACAAUGCACUCGUCAACGUUGAGCAACAACUUAACCAAUUGAAUUUCGCUAAAAUUCGAACGAAUUAUAGACUUUUUAGUCGAGGUGUAUGUGAAGCAAUAUCUCAAUAUGCUUUACCGUUAUAUCAAACCCCAUACAAUAAAUCGAUGUUUGAAGAAAAACAUAUCAAUGAGCAAACAUUUCGUGAUCUUUUCACUUUAGUAGGUCCUGCCUAUGGAUAUGCUUUGCCACAGGUAACUUUAGCUCGUAUUCAAGCUGUUCUCGAUUUUUAUGAUAGAUAUGCGCAUAUUGGUAACCCGAAUAAUAUCAAAGAUGUGGCUAAUUAUUUUAAAUCGUGUGCACCAACCGAUGCUGAUUUUGUUCCAUCCCUUCAAUUGAAAUUUUGGCCGACUGAUAUUCAACCAUUUUUCGAACGAAUAAAACGAAAUCGUCCGAAUAUUUAUGAUUUAAUUAUGAAUAAAGCAUCGAUGCAUGUCAUAUCGAAAUGGUCAACAAAAACACCGACAUGUGACAGAGAACUAGAAUUUCGUUAUUCAUUUUCUGCUAUUGAAUUAAUACUAGGUCAACAGCGCUCGUUAAAAGAACGAACACUAAAUGGCAUUGCGCGAAGUAUCUAUUUCAAAUUUUUAAAAGGACAAAAGGUUCUGCCGUCAUAUUUUAUCAAAACAACAGUGCUAUGGAUGUCCGAAACAAUGGAUCUUUCUUCGGAUACUGAUGAAAUAUUAGCUCAAAAAUGGCUUCAAUAUGCUACGGAUCUGUUAGAAAAACAUGAUUGUCCACACUAUAUUAUUCCCAAUGUUAAUAUACUUGGACCGUAUUCUGCUGAUUCAAUACAAGCUGCUCGUGAAAUUUUAUUAAAAGUAAAUAUAAACGAAACCUACGAAAUACAAAUGUAUUCUGCUACGCAUCAAAAACUCUAUCGAGAUAUAUAUCAUGACAAUAUUGCCAAGUUUCUGAUCCAAUUGAAAUCGAACGAUAUUAUUUGUGCUCUGCGUGAUUAUCAACAACUCAAACGACAAUGGAUUAGUUUAGAAUCAUCAGCAAUAAUUAUUGACGAUGAUGAAACUGAUUUGAGUGAAACAUUAACUAUUCUCAAUAUAUUACGUGGAUUAGAUGGAAAUUAUGAAAAUUGGAAAAAAUUUCGGAAAAUAUUUUUAACAGAUAUACCAUCUGAAGAACCAAUUUGGGGUGAAACGAUAAAUGUAGAAAGUUCUGUUGAUUUCGUAGAAGGCUUAUGCAGUAUUGGUGUUAUUCUCACACUUAUGAAUGAAAAUAUUACAUCUGACACUUUACUAUCCGAACACGGAGUACAGUGUAAUAUGGCAGAUUUUCAAAAUUAUCAAAAUGUUAUUCAUCAAUAUUUAAACCCGGCGACAUUAUACAGUAGUAUGCAGUCGACAUAUGCAUACUGGUAUAAUGAUUCUGUUGCGGCCUUUGAACGACGACGAGUGACCGAUUAUCAUCCGGAUGGGCCCAAAAUGCAACAAUAUGAGGAUAGAAAAUAA